CAAGGCUCUAAGUGUCUAGCUGGUAGAAACGGCGACAGGAGCCGAAAUAGAGAGGCGUCAAGGCGUCCGUCUUGUCGAGUACCGCCCACUCCAAACAGGAGGCUGGUCGGCUUGGCAGUGACCUAGCAGUUGCUAAUGGGAUGUUGCGCUAGUGACGCUGCCAACUCUGCCCCAGAAGAGCACUUCUUCAGCCAGUACAAACUCGGAAAAAAACUUGGAGAAGGAGCUUUCGGCCAAGUGCGAUUAGUCAUCGAGAGGCAUUCACAGCAGGAGCUCGCGGUUAAAAUUGUUGACGUGCGAGAGCGCGAUGAACACGGCAUUUGCAAUGGUCAAGUGAGCAAGAGCCGUGAUCGGGUUACCCGCACGGAGGUUGAUCUUUGGACAAAGGCCAGCAGCUCCAAUUGCUCAUACAUAGUCAAGCUCCACAAGAGCUUUGCUGAGAAAUCGCUGUACUACAUGGUCUGCGAGAAGUGUCAAUGUUCCUUCAUGGACAAAUUAGUUGAGGCUGAGACUAUGUCGGAGGCCGACUUGUCAAAGAUCUUUCGGCACAUGCUCUUGGGCGUGUCUCACACGCAUGGUGUGGGCAUCGUCCACCGAGACAUCAAGCCGGACAACUUUCUUUGGGGAGGUCCUGGCAACAAAACUCUCAAGCUUUGUGACUAUGGCUUGGCCGUGAUGAUGCCUCCCAAGGGCAAGCUGCAUGGCGUUUUCGGUACAGCUCCAUACAUGGCACCAGAGAUGUUGCGGAAUGAAGGCUACGACUUUCUGGCGGAUGUGUGGUCGAUAGGUUCAGUGGCAUAUUUACUGGUGUUCGGGAGUUUUCCAUAUUCUCCGGGCGAGGCCAAUGCGCCUGCAAUGAAGAAAGCUAUCAUUGAGGACAAUCCACCCUUGAAAUUUCCAUCACCAAGUGAUGCGCAGGGAGUGGUUUCUGGCUCCUUGACCGGCGCUUUAGCCUUCACCAAGAUGCUUCUAAAGCGCACUGCGAAAGAGCGGCCGACGGCUGAAGAGGCCUUGAGACACGAGUUCGUGGCUGACAAAACAGCCGUGUCCGACAAAGUUGAAAAAGUUAAUGAAGAUGAAGCUGAGCCCAUGCUUCGCCGCAACGCUCAUCAAGCCAAAAAGCUUACGCAGCAGCUGCGGCGGAAGCGUGACUCCACUGUGCAGAAUGGCAUCGAUGACUUGUUGCAGAAGCUCAUCACUAAGUUUGGAGGGGACAUCAGUGACAUCAACGGUUCCAACAUUUUCUUCUCGGAGGGCGACGAGAAUCUUGAAAUCAACAACGAGGAGGAGGCUGCGAAACUUGAGCCCAGAAUGAAGAGAAAAGCAUCAAGAAGGGAUGUGAAGCACUCAACGCAUUCUGGGGUCAUUGAUGAUUCUGGUGCCAUUCGAUUUGGGAUGAGUCCCACUAGUGUGACUGGAGCCAGAACUGGCAAGAGUUUGCCUGGUGAUGUGCAUGGUCUGGCCAACCAGGUUUAGAACGAGGCUCACUGGAUCCUGGACGAAUGUCGAAGGACAUGAGGAUGUCCCUGAUCAGGUGAGACGUCAUCGAAAACAGACAUACAGCAGCGGCACCGCUGUGGCGUGGGUGCAAAUGUUUGAAAAUGCGCGCUUUUGACUUGGA